AUGCCUCGGAAAAUUGAAGAGAUCAAGGACUUCCUACUCAUGACCUGGUGGAAGGAUGCCAAGUGUGUCAAGAUCAAGAAGAAUAAAGACAAUAUGAAGUUCAAGGUGUGCUGCAGCAGGUACCUUUACUCGCUGGUCAUCAUGGACAAGGAGAAGGCCGAGAAGCUGAAGCAGUCCCUGCCCCUAGGCCUGACCCUGAAAGAGCUAAAAUGA